ACGAGUUCUGUUGUUCCGCGUGUGUCCGUCCGUCCGUCCGUGGGGGGAAGCAUGCACUGAACCGCUGGCCUGCGCCGUGCUUCAACGAGGCGCCCCUGCGAUGUGCGAGCUGCAGCGCACGCGCAGCAAGGUGUGGUGGGGCAGCGACGACGGCGACGAGCGAGGCUGCAGCCCGAGCGGCAGCAGCCACCGCAGCCACGACUCGGGCUUCUCCGACUGCGAGCAGCAGAAGCAGCAGCAGCAGCAGCAGCAGCAGCAGCAGCAGCAGUCCCCCGACUUCCCGUGCUGCAUCGACCUGACGCCCGCCUCGGGCCGCCGGCCGCGCCAGCACUCGCCCAUCCGCAGCCUGCGCGCCGCCAGGGGGUCGCCGUGUUCGCCCGCCAGCUUCGAGCAGCACCGGCCCGCGCACACGUCCACGCCCAAGAGCUGCGGCUUCCCGCGCCUGGGCAGGAAGCACGGCCGCCCCGUCAACCUCAUAGUCGAGUUCGAGCGCGGCGGCCGGGGCGCCGGGGGCGAGGACGGCUGCGUGCGGCAGUGGCUGGGCGAGCUGCGAGGCAUGUACGAGCCGGAGUGCGCGGCCACGCUGCAGAGCAAGUCGCUGGCCGCCGACCUGAACCAGCAGGUGGCCGCCAUGGCCGCGGCCAGCACGGGGGCCGUGCACCUCGUGCAGGAGCACACCCGGCUCAUCUCCGCCGAGUUCUCCAAGCUCUGCAGGCAGCUGGAGAGCGGCCAGGCGGAGCACGUGGGCCCGCUGGUGCAGAGCCUGGCGGGCAACGUGAGCCAGUUCCUGCAGCACCACGCGCGGCCCGACGAGGAGCGCGAGCUGCCAGACGCCUGCGAGCGCCUGCGCGCCCACGCCGCGGCGCGCGGGCCGCUGGACCGCGAGGCGCUGGCCCGGGACGUGGCGCUGCUGGGCCGCCGCUUCACCGCCCUCGUGGACGACGCCCUGCAGCACCAGAUCUCCAUGCUGGUGGCCGUGCUGGAGGAGCCGGCCAGCGAGACGGCGCUGCGCGCGGCGCUGGCCAGCCUGGCGGACCUGGGCGCGGCCGGGGCGCACCUGAGCCGCCUGGUGGCGCGCUGCCACGGCGCGCGGGCGCUGGUGGCCGUGGCCCUCGAGUCGCACUCCAGCUCUGUGCGGGCGGCCGCGCUCCGCGCUCUGGCGACCGUGUGCUGCGUGUCCGAGAGCAUCCGCCAGCUCGAACAGUGCGGCGGGGUGGAGAUCCUGGCGGAGCUGCUGUCGGAGGACACGCGGCCCGAGGCGGAGCUCUCCGAGGCGGCGGCCGUGCUAGCGCAGAUAACCGCGCCCUGGGUGGAGGACAACCAGUCCGUGCAGGGGCUGUCGCAGCACCUGCCGUCCCUGGUGCGCUCCCUCACCCGUCUGGUGAGCGACACGGACUCGUGCGAGACCCUGCUGCUGGCGGCGGCAGCGCUCGCCAACCUGACCUUCAUGGAGCCCCAGGCGGUGUGGGCGCUGCUGGACUGCGGCACGGCCGGCCGGCUGCUGGACGCCGUGCGCGCCCGCGGCCCGCACGCCUCCGUGUUCCUGCAGGAGCAGGCCGCCACGCUGCUGGCCAGCAUGGCCGCCGUGCCCGAGGCGCGCGUGCAGCUGGCCGGGCGCCGCGCCGUCGUCGCGCUGCUCUGCUUCCUGCAGAUACGCCCCUCCCCGCUACAGCGCGCCCCCGAGAUUCUGGCCGCCGAGCGCGUGCAGCACAAGUCCGCCAUCGCCCUCUCCAGGCUGUGUGGUGACCCCGAGGUGGCCGCGCAGGUGGUAGCCCUGCAGGGGGUGGAGCGGCUCGUCCGGCUGUGCAAGGAGGAGCGCGAGAGGAACCACAGCGACGGCGUCCUGGUCGCUUGUCUGGCCGCCUUGCGCAAGAUCACGGCGAGCUGUGACCCUCAGGUGAUCGAAGACCUGAACGCCACGGAACUCGUAGAACCGAGACUCCUCGACUCCUUCCUGCUGUACUCGUCGCGACAAGAAAGUUACGUUUGAAGCGCAAGUUCACAGUGCAGUGCUAUCACUGGUGCAAAUUGUAUUUUACACUGUAUCAUCAAGGACAUGAUAGCAAGCUUCAUGAAUUAAGAAUGGUAAGUUCUGGAAUUGAAAAUUGUGCUCGAUCUACAAAAACCAUGACUGUCCAACUUCAUCUAAAAUUUCAAGACUAUUACAUCCGAUCCUCUUGAAAUUAUGUAGCAUAUUAUUGCCACUAUGUGUUGUGUGUGUUUGUGUGUAAAAUUAGGACAACAGAAAAUUUACAGUACAUGUAUGCUGUAUGAUGGACUUGUCAGUCCUUGUGCCAUAAUUUUGAUAGUUUUUCAUACAAAAUAAAUACCUAUGUACAAGUACGUCAUAUGUAAAAUAGUACCAAGAAUAUCCUUUGACAUAUUUAUACUUGUUAUAUGUUGCUCAAAUAUAUUUUAAUUUUUUACAAAAUAUAUAUCCUUUUUGCAGUUGUUUUAAUUUUUUGUGUUCAGGUAUGUACUAAAACACGUAACAAAACAGCCGCUUGCUUACUACCUUUAAGGAGUUAGCGAUAUUUGUUAUCAGGGUUGGCUGAUUUAAACCACAAUGGUUUAAACCAUGGCUUAAAUCAAGUGUUUCUUUAAUGUUUUUAAAAAAUAUAUUUUUAAAUAGAAUAUCUUAGUAAAUUCUAUGAAAGGUCUAAUUCCACUCUAAUAAUAAUACUUUGCUCAUUAAUGUUUCUUUUGAUACAGGAACAAAUAAUUAUAUAUUAAUCACGAUCUUAUUUUAAUUAUCUGAAUAUGUUGUAAAUUAUACCCAGCUAAGUAGGUACUCCUCUAACAUUAAAUUAAUUAGUAAAUUGUAGUCAAAAUUGUAAAAAAGAGGAAAUAAAUUUAAAAAAAUCCUAUUUUAUGGGAAAUCCCUGACUACUAUAAAUCCCUAGUUUGUGGGAAUCACCCAUUCUAUGGAGAUUCUUCCUCCUGUGGAGAAAUACCGGUAAAUACCUUACAUUGCAGAUUUUCCGCAAAAUAAAAUUAAUUUACAAAAAUACAAUUUUUCAACACUAAAGUCGUUUCUGUAUUUACCUGAAAACAGUGUUAACAAAUUCCUACUAGUUUCUGAGAAAUCCAAUUUUUUUAGCUCGCAUUUCAAUAUCUGUGCACUGCCACUGCAGUAACCAUGAAUUGUUUAAAAGUGUCAGUGUGUGUGUUUGUUCUGAAGAACUUCAAAUAUUGUGAAUGGUCAAUAAGGUAAGGCUAGUUACAUUAAAAAUACUUUCAAACAUUGUGGAUGGUUUGUUGGGUUAAUAUAAAUACAUUAAAGAACUAUAAAAUGUUUCUUACGGUUGCUUAGGAAUUACGAUUACGAAUUUAAGAUGUACCAUGUUUUCUCGCAUAAUUGUCGCACAUUUUAUUCUAAAAUCAAGUUUAAAAAGUAGGGGUGCAACGAUUAUGCGGAAAAUUUUUUUUUUUGUUAAAGUUACUCAAAAACAAAACUCAUUCAUGGAAAGUAUGUUUAUUUAAAAAGUGAAGUAUAAAAGAGCACACCAAACAAUUUAAAUUAAUAAGUCAUGCAACAAAAACAUUUCAACUUUAAAUAGAAAAACAAAAUCUGUGAUCAAAAUUCAAGCAGAACGAACACGUAACUAUCACCGUAGUACACACCACGAAAGAGUGCGGGCCAUCAGAUGUAGUUAACUCGGCACUCGACAGAGAACGCGCGCUGCAUGCACUCGCGGAGAUAUCAAUAUUCGACUACGUGUGCGUACUCUAUACGGGAAGCAACAUAACCAAACAUUAAUGAUUGCAAUGAGCGCUGGCUACAUUUUUGUAAGCGAUACACCGUGGCAACGCAGACAAACUGAUGAAGGUUAUAAAGUUUAAAAAGUCUUUAAAAGAAAAUUUACACAUCCGACAGCUUCGUAUUUCCGUCAAUUAAAUAAGUAAAAGGUAAUGUCCGAAUAAAUAUUAGAUUUAUAUUUUAAAUACGUUGUUUUAUACGGAAAAAAUACACAAAGCAUUCUGAAUCUAAUAGCGGGACCAAAAACAUCAUGCUGCGUUUACGAGUUUUUUUUUAUCCAAAUUUUGACGCCCUAAAAUAUGGGUGCGACGUUUAUGCGAUAAAAGAGGGUCUAUCCUGACCUAACCAACCGUUCACAUGAAUUUACAGAAUUUUUAAUGUAGCUACAUUAACAACUGUCCACAAUAUUUUAAAAUUUUUACGUCACUAACGUAACCUUUGAAUUGUUAGUUACUAUGUGAUUCAAAACACUAUUUUAAAUGAAAUGUAAAAUAUAAAAAAAACUUUCUUGAAUGAUAUAUGGACAAACAACCAAAAAAAACAGAAAAUAUAAGCAUUAAUAUUUCCUUACAACUGCAAUACGUUAUCAUAUUAACUACUUUUAUUAUAAAACAAUACAGUUGACUACAGUUCUCCAAAAUAAACAAACAAACCAACAUGGGUAAACAAUUAAUGGUAGGCAGCAGCAAUGCACAGAUAUUGAAAUAUGAGCUAAAAACUGGGAUUUCCAGAAAAUAGUAGGAAUUUGUUAAUGCUAUUUUCACAGUAAAUACAGGAACGUCUCUAGUGUAUGAAAAUGGUAUUUUCGUAAUUUUAUUUUCACUUUGCGAAAAGAUAUUUAACGAACUACCCUUUCUGUGGUUAAGUCCCACUCAGAUGUGCAAAUUUGCUGGACUUCAGUUCUUCUAUGUUAUAACUUUUCUGGUUCAAAAUGAGUGGCAAAAAGCGGAUUAUUAUGUGGCUUUCAUUUGAAAAUGCUGAGAACCAAACUAACUAAUGUAAUAAAAAAACCUGGUUUAAACCAAAAAAUAAACAUUUGCUUACUGAACAUAUGAGGGAUGUUCCAAGUGUAUCCAAAUACAGUAUUUACCCGCGUAUAGGUCGCGGAUUUUAUGCAGAUUUUUUUGUUUGGUAAAAAGAAAAGAAAAA